CUCUAGUUACUUUGUUCCUUUAACUCCUCCUCUUUUCUUCCUUAUCCAUUUCUAUGGGAUAUGUUCAUAAAGGCCCUAAGAGUCUUGAUGACUAUAUCAAGAUGAAUAGGUUUAGCCGACUAAUAUACCAAUUAAGAUAUGAUCCACGUAGAGUAUUAGACUUAACACUCCUCUUGGUUAGUCUCUUUGUAGAAUGGUGUGGUACAGCCCUGGUAGCUCCACUAACACCAUGGUUAGUUAAAGAUCUUGAUCCUGAUAUGGAUGAGGGUAGUGCUGCAUCCAUAUUCAUGGCAUCAUUCUCUAUUGGUACUCUAAUAGCCUCUCUCAUUACAGGACCACUAUCUGAUAGGUACGGUAGGCGUCCAGUGUUCAUAUUGGCUAUGUUUCUCUAUACUAUAUCCUACUUCCUUGUGGCUAAUGCAUGGAGUAUAGCUAGUUUUGCUGGUUUCCGUGCUAUUGGUGGAGUUUCUGCCGGUACACGUCCCGUGUUGUAUGCUUUCAUUACGGAUAGUAGUCGUGUAGAGGACAUGCGCUUUUAUGGUUCUUGUAUAUCAAUUUGCAAUACUGUUGGAGGAGCGUUAGGCCCUACAAUAGGCGGUUGGUUGGCAUCUGUUGGUAUGUCAUUUCCUUUCUACUUUAUGGGUGAUAUUGCGGCUAUACUCUUCCUAUUACAGCUCUUCUUUUUGCGGGAAACCAAGCCUUGGGAGGAUAAACCUCAAUGGCUUAAACUAGAAUAUUACGAGUGUUGGAAACAUCAUCAAGGAGAAGAAGAAGAAGCUAAGAUGAUGUCCCCCAUGGAUCAAGCUAAGGAUAUGGGCCUGGGGCCAUGGUCAAAGAAAAACAAAUGGUUCAUACCAACACUCGUAUGCCUCUGCUUAGCAGCAUUCGCUGGACAAUAUAAUCUAUCUGAACAAGAGAAUGGUGAAGCAAUGGGUAUCCAAGCUGUUGUUGUUAUUAUAUGCACUAUCUUAUAUAUCUAUGUAUCGGAUAUGAUUAAACCAGGUUGGGUAGCAGCCUUUGGUUUCUGUUUGGUAGUCUUAGCCAUUAUAGUACCAUUUAUAUACUCACUAUGGGGUACUAUCAUAAUUGGGAUGUGUGUAUAUGUUGGAAUCACAUUCUUCUUUGCUGGCAUGGCAUAUUGCAGUGCACUGAUAUCACCACCGAGGAGUAGAGGUCUGGUUAACUCGAUAAGUAUGGGUAUGACUAAUGUUGGUGGUGUAUUGGGACCUCUAGUAGGAGGUCAACUAUAUGAUGUUAAUGUUGCUGAUCCCUAUUAUGUUAUCUGUGGUCUAGGUGUUCUUGGUAUCGCAUCAAGUCUAGUCGUCAAUGGUGGAUGCAUCUAUACUGAGAAGUUGGUAUCCUUGCCACACUUAUCUAAUACACUCCCAACUGAAGCCACAUCAUAAUCAUAUAUUCCCAAAGGAUCGUUGUAUCCUUCAAAGACUCAACAUAUGCUUGUCAAGCAUCAUCUCGUCGUCAUCAACCUUCACUUACACUAGGCAUAUGUGAUGAUCAUCCCCACUUUGUAAUAGCGCCAUUAUACUCAUACCCCUUGCAAUGCAGCAGGCUACCUCUCGUUGUUGUUGUUGUCGUCUUACGCCCCUUAGUGCCGCUCUACCCUUUGAUGACCUAUGUUCGCUUCUGUUGCCGUCCGCUUGGCUUGGCUGAAUGACUCUACUGUAGUUUGAUGGCUGGAUGUGACUGGAGUCUGCUGCUCCAUUCGCUCAUAUCCAUUUGCUAGACAUUGUCCAUUCUUCGUCUCCUAUAUGCUUCCCACGUUAGCCUGUCAUUC